AUGACCUGCAUGUUCCAUGGCAUUAAAGUUGAGUGGUAUUCUUCUAGCACUUCCCUGCUUGGCUGUCUGGCUGAUGCUCAAUAUUUCAAGCAGCUAAUAUUCCCACCACCACCUCAGCAGCCUCAGCAACCUCUGGCUCUGAAAUACCCACCACCACAUCAGCAGCAGCAGCAGCAGCAACAGCAACAGCAGCCGCCUCAAGCUCUGAAAUACCCACUACCACCACCACCUCAGCAGCCUCGGGCUCCACAAUACCAACCACAACCACAAAAGCAGCCUCAGAGACCACAGGUUCCCCAGCAGCCCCAUCAGCAUCAGCAGCCCCAGCAGCAAGUAUUUCAAACUUGUGAAGUGGCUGACUACUACAAGAUACAGUGUGGGGCUCCUAGUUUAUCUGCUACAGCGUGUAAUGCUAUAAACUGCUGCUUUGAUGGACCCAUGUGCUAUUAUGGCAAAGUUGUGACUCUUCAGUGCACCCAGGGCACCCAGUUCAUCGUGGUGGUAGCCAGCAACACCACACUACCCAAUACUUUCCUUUGAAAGGAUCAAAACUACAAUCCUGUUGGCACCACAUCACCUUUUGCCAUCUACCAGUUUCCUGCCACUUUCUGCAGCAUUGUCAUGAUGGUAAACACUGUGACUCAUUUGACUGUUUUCAAUUUGGUUUGUAUUCAUCUUUGUGUAGAUAUGUUGACUUUGGUCAUUGAGGUUGCCCUGGUUCCUCCAUCACCCCCAGUUGCAUCUCCUGGACCCCUGCGUGUGAAGCUCAGGUUGGCCAACGGACAUGUAUUUUGUGUAGUCAGUCUAGAGCAAAAGGUGGCCCACGGCUCCUUUUACAUGGAUGCUGACUACCCCGUCACAAAGGUGCUCAGGGAUCCUGUGUACAUUCACAUCCAAAUACUGGAGAGGACUGAUCCCAACCUUGUGCUGAGUCUUGGAAGAUGCUGGGCAACUUCUGACCCAUACCCUCGGAGUCUUCUACUGUGGAUUCGUGGCUAAGAGUAAGUGGUCUGACUUGGAGAUAGGCAUAUAGAAUUUUUUUUAUACCAUACUCAAUCCCUGUUCCGCACAGUCUCCUCUUGUCAUAGCUGACCCUAUCGUGACGACCAUUACCAGACCAUAUUGGUCCUUGUGGGUGCCUCAUCAGAACAGUUCUUUAUUUUCAAGAUGUUCAUCUUUGUAGCUACUUGGAGCUGUCAAUCCCAGAAAGGGAGGGGCUACAGUUCCAGAGGUUAUGACACUUCUCAAGGAAAAGGUAUUGGAUCCUACUAUCUUGUUUUGUUUUGCUUGUACAUUAUUGUUAAUAUCACCUUAUCUACAUAUUUGCAACCAAGACACUGCAAAACAGAGUGUGUUGCCAACCCUCUCCUGGAAAUAAUUGUGAACAUAGCUGAGCUGCUCCAAAAAGUGGAAGUUGUACAGUAUUCACAUUGAUGAUAUUCACCACAAAUAUGGUGUUUGUCUGAAGUGUUUUUGACUAAGAUGAAUACAGGAAGCUAAAUAUAUCAUGUUUGUGAUGUGUUAUACAAGAACAGCAUGGCUUGUGGAUAUCAGUAAAGUUAAACAUAUCUUCAAGAGUAAAUGAUGUCUGACAUCAACAUGUGUCUUACUUACCUCAGGUUUGACAGCAACUUACAAUUGCCCUGAAUACACAGCAUGUUGUUGUCUGGCUCUGGCUCAGCACCAUACCCAUGCUACGUUCCAGGCAACUGGGAACUUGGAAAUUUCUGACCUCUAACUGGAAUAACUACCCUAGAAUGCCACUUGAAGUUGGAUUUUCUACUUGUGAAUUCGGAGAAAAAAUAUGUAGGGUGAAUUCAGGUAUAUUGGGACAUGAGGUAAUUUGGGACAGCAUAAUUUAGGGACAGCAUAAUUUAAUUUCUUUUCCCCUGAAAGUUUUAAGUCAAACUUAUUGGUGCUAAGACCUUGCUGUGAAUGCACAUAACUAAAGUCACAUGACAUAAUUUAUGUGUCAUCACAUGGGGGUGUGUGGUCUGCAUCAAACAAGAAGUUGAUCCCAAAAAACAAGAGUUAAAAGAAAUGACAUAGGCUUCAGCUUGAUUUUGAUCUUGAUCUCUCUUUAUUGUUAUGAUGAAUUUAAGGUCUGUUACAGAAUAGAAUAGCACCAAGAAACAGAUAAAAAAAAUUAAAUAAACAUGUUUGACAACAUGUUGGAGUCUCUAAUGAUUUUAACAUCUUAAUCAAAAGUCUAUAGCCUGUUGACAUUUGCUGAUGUAAUAAUGAAUUAAGCUAUCACAACAAAUGAUAGGCUAAUACAUAUCAUCAUGUAACUUUAGACAUAUAUUUAUUUUCUUUUUAUUUUAUUUAUGGUUAAGAAAUAAGUUUAAAAUACUUUUUGAAAUAUGUCAAUAGGGUUAAUGGCUAGGUUGUACACUAAUAAAAACUGUGUCCCAAAUUACCAAACAUGCUGUCCCAAAUUACCAAACAUGUUCCUGAAAAUGAGUUUUGUGUCAACUACAACAAAAUGGUGAACCAAGCUUUGUCAAAAUAAUUUCUUCACAUAAAAAAAGCAGACAUCUUGAGGAAUUCAGAAAUAUAUCAUAUGAUGGGUUACCUUUUUAAAUUUAUGACAUUAAGGAGAUCACAAGAUAGAAUUACAUGAAUUCACCCUACCACUCAACUUCACCAGUAGCAGGUGAAUAACGUCACACAACAAUGGCAGCUCCCAUGGAAGCACACAUAAAACAUAAACAGAAAGGCAACAUAAAGUGUAUCUCCAUGUAUUUAAAUGAAAAUAAUUCAUGCUUUCAUACAGUGAAACCUUUUCUGCAUGUAAACUGAUAUAAAACUGUUUUGCCAAUGUUAUUAGAUAGCUGAUUACAGUAAAUAAUCUCUGAAAGUAGGCCUAAUCUUCUGUUCACAAGAGUUAUUCAGUAAAAUGUUAAAAACGCCAGAACAUUUGAAAACAUUAGGAAGUAUAAUCUACAACAUUUAUUGUCUUUUGAGGAUUACCACUUCAGUCUAUUGUUUUCAUUAAAACGGCCAUCAUUUUAAUUAACACCAAGGACAGUGCCGAGGGUGCAACUGGGUGUUCACUUGACAGUUUGUCACAGUCAGUCAUGUCUUUCGUCAGGCACCUGGAACGCUCUGAAACUCGGAUAUUUCCUAAUUCCGAGCAGUCUAGAACACGGCAUGACUUGUAAAGUUACCUCCUAGUAACGACCAAUGAGCUUAGCAUGUGAACACGGAAAUGAAUUGUGAUUGGACUUUUGAAUACGCCUGUCUGGCUCAGCCCUAUGCUGCGUUCCAGGCAACUCGGAACGGGGAAAUGUCCGACCUCCAACUAGAAAAUGUAGCCUAGUAUUGAACGCCACUUGAAAUCGGAUUUCCAACUUGUGAACUCGGAGAAAAAAUAUGUACCCCGAUUUCACGAGUAGCAGCCGAAAUACGUCACACAACAAUGGCAGUUCCCAUGGAAGCACAUAUUGUAAAUGGUAAACCAUAAACUAAAAGGCAACGUAAAGUAUUAAAUUAAAAUAAUACAUAUGCCUACUACUAUCAAAUAGUAAAACUUGUUCUGCAUAUAAAUUGAUGUAGAAAUAGUUUCCCAGUU